AUGCCUCCACGAAGAGCAGUCAGAGGUCGUCUAGCUUUGAGGAGUGUUGAGGAACAAGAGUUACCAAAUGCCCUAGAAGUUCAAACCCAAGAAGAGAUCAACCAUGCUGAUUUCCGUGAAGCUAUUUGGAUGUUAAGUGAAGUUGCGACCUAUCAUGUUGGGCAGAGAGAUAAUCGACACAAAGUGGUUGAUACUUCAAGGAUUCGUGAGCUUUUAAGGAUGAACCCACCAAGAUUCAUAGGUUCAAGUGUCAUUGAGGAUCCGAAGAACUUCAUUGAGGAGCUGAAAAGGCUAUUUGAUGUGAUGCAUAUGGUUGCUGACAUGAGGAGCAGGGUGAGUUUAUAUGUUGCUAGGUUGUCUCGUCAGUCAAGCAAGGAAGGCAAGGCAGCUAUGCUGAUAGGGGAUAUUGACCUAGCAAGAUUUAUGAUUCAUGUACAACAAGUUGAGGAGGAUAAGCUGAAGGAUAAAGAAGAGUUUAAGAAUAAGAGGGCUAAGACAUCAGGGGACGAGUUCAGGCAGCAAAAGAGUUAUGCCAACCGGUCAUCCCUCCCACAGAAAUAG